AUGAUAAAUUUAGAUAAAUUUUCACAUGUAAUACUUAAACAUAUAAUUAGUUAUUUAGAUAAUAUCGAUAGGAUUUGUUUAAGUUUGAUUUGUAAAUCAUUAUUUCAAGAUAGAGACAAGUUUAUACAGUUUAAAUUAGGUGAAACAUUGGAUCCUUAUAUUAUAGAUGAAAAAUAUGUGCUACCUUCAUUUAGAAAUAUAAUUAGAAAUCAAUUUGGUCAAAUACCUAUUACUAAUUUAUUUCGUUUUGAAGAAAAUCAAAUUUGCAAAGUUGGAUCGAUACCAGAUGGCACUACAAACCUUUCUUUUCAACCAUUUUUUGAUUCGGUGAUUGAACCUCAUUCCAUACCAGAGAGUGUCGACACUCUGAAUCUUGGCUACAAAUUCAAUAAACCUUUGGAACCGAAUAGCUUACCUCCAAGGCUGAAAACACUGAUGAUCUCUAUGUGCUAUAAACAACCUUUACAAAACUAUACACUUCCAAAUUCAAUAGAAACAUUGUUGAUCAGUUAUAUUCCAUUCUCCUUGGAGACUCUACCGACUUCGCUGGUCGAGUUGUGCUUCGUCGAUGGCAUACCAAUACCUCUCAAACCGGGAAUGUUACCACCAACACUCAGACGAUUGACAAUUCUAGGAGAGUACAGAUUCCCUUUGGAACCUGGCGAUAUUCCCAAUACUAUUGUUAAGCUGCAAAUUCAUCCACUUUGUCCACUCACACCUGGCGCUAUUCCUCGCGGAAUUAGAAAGCUGAAACUCUCUGGACGCAAAGCACUUCAGAUUGGAUCGAUUCCAGACACUGUUGAAUUUCUUAGUUUGGGUGAAAGCUAUAACAUUCCAUUGGUUAAAUCAAUCUUUCCACCGGCAUUGAAAACAUUGGUCGUUGGUGGAAACUUUCAACAUCAGAGAAACUCUGAACUUCCCGACACUAUUACCAAACUCAAGAUUUCAAAGGCCAACGUUCUACCGGAAUUUCUUCCACCCAAUCUAAAGACUCUGGUGAAACUGUACAAACCUGGAGUGGCACUGGGGAAGGUGCCAGCAUCACUCGACACCUUGCAAUAUAUAGAAAUGACCGACGAUAUUAAAGAGAAUCCCGAAACAUUCAAGCCACCACCACCACAAAUCAAGACUAUCCACUUUGUAUUCGAUAAUGAGUUUAGAAACGAACAGUUUAUUCAGUUAUACCUCAGACAGAAAAACCUGUCGGUCAUUACAAUCACCGACACAGAAUCCACCUACACCAUUCGAAGACUUGACAAUGAAACAACGCUAGUUCUCAACAAAAUGGUAGAAGGCUACUUAGUUCCCCACCAAAAACUACUUGAAACCAAUCAAUUUACAAAUCAUAAAUUAAUUAGAGCUUGGAUGAGAUGA